CCAUGGAUGUUAUCCAGAUUUGACGGUUGACAAUAUGUGCAGGUCUUUAAACACCUUGCUUCUCCAGUGAAGCUGCACCUCUCUAUCUCCUCCAUUGAAGCGGCUUCCAAGCUUUCUUCCCCUCACUUUGGAGCUUUUCACUUUUACGCUGCACCUCUCUCUCUCUCUCCUCCAUUGUAGCUACUCUGAGUUCUCCAUUGAAGCGACUCUUGCGCUUUUUCUCUCUCAUUGAAGCUUCUUCUGAGACUCAAAUUUUGUUCGAUUGAUGUUGAAGUUGAUGUAAUUGAUCAGUAAGAUGGCAUCCGUAUUGUUUAGAGGGUUGCAAAUUCGUCCUCUUUGCAUUUAUCCAUUUUCUCUGUUGACCAAAAAACCGGGUGUUUUUUAUUGCACAUCUAAUAGCUUACAUACCCAAAGUGUAACAACACAAGAUAAACCUAAGUCAUCGUCAAAAGUUGUAGCUCGAAACCACGACAAAACACUUGACAAAUUUUUGAAAGACUAUGAAGCAAUCAUUGGUAUAGAAACCCAUGUGCAGCUCUCCACUGUUACCAAGGCCUUUUGCGGAUGUGAUUACAAUUAUGGUUCAGAACCAAACACCAAUAUUUGCCCUGUUUGCAUGGGCUUGCCUGGUGCCUUACCGGUUUUGAACUCCAAAGUGAUUGAGUGUGCAGUGAAACUUGGCCUUGCACUCAAUUGUCAGCUGUCCUUAAAUUCAAAGUUCGACAGGAAGCAAUAUUUUUAUCCUGAUUUGCCAAAGGGGUACCAGAUCUCUCAGUUCGAUAUUCCCAUAGCGACUAGUGGGUAUAUUGACUUGGAUCUCCCACUUGAGUAUGGUGGUGGACAUAGGAAAUUUGGAAUAACUCGAGUCCAUAUGGAAGAGGAUGCGGGGAAACUACUCCAUACAGAUGGUGGAAGUCAUUCUCAGGUUGAUUUAAAUAGGGCUGGAGUACCUUUACUCGAGAUUGUCUCUGAACCUGAUAUGAGAAGUGGUAUAGAAGCUGCAGAAUAUGGUGCAGAAUUGCAGAGAUUAGUUAGGUACUUGGGUGUGAGCAAUGGUAACAUGCAAGAAGGUUCACUGCGCUGUGAUGUUAAUAUAUCAGUCCGUCCAAGAGGGCAAGUUGAGUUUGGUACAAAGGUUGAAAUAAAAAAUUUGAACUCAUUUUCAGCUAUAAGUAGGGCAAUUGAUUAUGAGAUCACAAGACAAGUGCAACUUCAUAACCAAGGACUAGGUGACCAAAUUGUACAAGAGACUCGUCUUUGGGAGGAUGGUGCUCAGAAAACAGUAACUAUGAGAAAGAAGGAAGGGCUUGCUGAUUAUCGGUAUUUCCCAGAGCCAGACCUUCCAGAAGUAACUUUGACAAAGGAAUAUAUCGAGAAUAUUCGUGGUUCUUUGCCAGAAAUUCCAGAGUUGAAGAGACGGCGGUAUGAACAAAUGGGAUUAAGCAUGCAGGAUGUGCUUUUUCUCGCCAAUGAUGUAAAUAUUGCAGAAUUUUUUGAUGCAACCCUAUCUAAAGGCGCCGACAUGAAGCUAGCUGCUAAUUGGAUUAUGGGUGAUGUUGCAGCAUACAUGAAGAAUGAAAAGCUGUCCAUAAAUGAGAUUAAGCUUACUCCUGAUGAGUUGGCUGAAUUGAUUGAUUCUAUCAAAACUGGGACCAUCAGUGGCAAAAUUGGCAAAGAGAUAUUAUUUGAGCUUAUAGCCAAGGGAGGAACUGUCAAGGGUCUCAUCAAGGAAAAGAAUUUGGUCCAGAUUACAAAUCCAGCUGAGAUAGAGCAAAUGAUUGAUAAAGUGCUUGCAGAAAAUCCAAAGCAAGUUGAACAAUAUCGCGGGGGCAAAACAAAGCUGCAAGGUUUCUUUGCUGGCCAGGUGAUGAAAGAAUCGAAAGGCAAGGCAAACCCAGGUGUUUUGAACAAGAUACUCCUGGAGAAACUUAAUGCCAAGAGCUGAUGUUUGUAUACACAGUGCUAGGAGUAUUCUCUUGCUAAAACCAAUUUUGAAGAUGAAUACACACAGUCAUCACAAUCAAUGGGUGACAGACUUGGUUAAUUAUGGCUCAGCAAAGAACUAUCGUGGGUUCAAGGCACUACCGCAGUCCUUCUAGUGCGAAACUCUCAAAGUAUCUCUAACCUUGAAAGUUUAUUGUUACCUUUUUAGAUUUUGGUUCUUGUAAAAUUGAGCAAUAAGUCAUUCAAUAGUGUUAUAUUAGAACAAUAAAUAUUGAAGAAAUUUCACUUUAGCUCCGGCGAACUUGAGGUAUCGUAGUUUCUAACUACACUAGAUUCAGUUGAUGACACGCUUGCUCUUCA